AUGGAGGCAAGUAACAUCGCGCAAGUGCUGUAUGCAACAGUAGAUCCCAACAUAAAUAUCCGUUCAGAAGCAGAGUCCAAGUUAAAGCACGCAAAGGAAACGAACUUUGUCCAGUACAUAAAUCAGUUAUCAAACGAAUUCUGCAGAACGCAGAAUGACCCCUACUUGAGGCAAAUCGCGGGAUUACUAAUAAAAAAUGCAUUUGCGUCUAAGGACAAUUAUGAAAAUGAAGAGAAAGCAAGGACAUGGGUUAACUUCCCAGAAGACAUAAAAAAUGAGUUAAAGAAUUCAAUGUUACAUUUAUUAAGUCAGCAAGGGGAAAAGGUAGUCAUAGGGACAGCAUGUCAAAUAAUAUCUUUGAUAGCCAAAAUAGAACUCUCUCACAAUAAAUCCUCCGAAUUGCUUCACAAACUAGUCAACAAUAUUAUAGAGAAAAAUGCAUACACGAAAAAAUCAUCCACUGUAUGCUUAGCCUACUUAACAGAAGAUAUAGCAGAUAUAUGUAAUGAGAGUAAAUCAAAGUAUGUUUUUACUCAACCCGAUUUGGAUUUAAUUUUAACAGCUAUUAUAAACUCGCUAUGUGAACCAGGGGAGGAAGAAGCUAUACACUGUGCUAGUAUGAAAGUGCUCUACAAUUUGAUGUCAUUUAUUGACCAGAAUUUUAAGACCCAAGUCGAAAGGGACAUAAUCAUGAAAACUGUUAUCGAUGGGUGUAAAGAUAGUGAGAGAUCUACCGUACAGAUAGCAGCAUAUGAAUGCCUAAUCAACAUUGUCAGUUAUUUUUACUCGUAUUUAGAUGCAUAUAUGUAUGCUAUAGGGCCCCUAACAUGGGUAGCUAUCGAGUCAGACAACGAAAGGAUAGCCAUCAGUGCCAUCGAAUUUUGGAAUACAGUUUGUGAAGAAGAAACUUUUAUAGAUCAAUACGAAUUACAAGAAGGGAAAAAAAACCAUAAUAUAGUAAAACAGGCAAUGGUGUUCCUUUUGCCAAAAAUAUUUAACGCUAUGAUAACUCAAGAGAGUGAAGACAUAGAUAUCGAUGCCUGGACAUUAUCCAUGGCAUCUGCAACAUUUCUAGCCUUGAGUGCACAGUUACUAAAAAAUGAUAUAGUAGAACCUGUUAUUUCAUUUGUAGAAGAAAAUUUUAUACAUGAGGAUUGGCGAAGGAGAGAUGCUGCUGUUCUGGCAUAUGGAUCCAUUAUGGAAGGUCCAGAUACGGAGAAAUUAAAACCGCUAGUAGAAGAAUCGGUGGGACAACUCUCCGAAGUUUUGAGAGAUCCAUCCGUUGCGGUGAGAGAUACAGCAGCCUGGACUAUAGGAAAGAUAACCACCUAUCAUUCGGAAAUUAUUUAUAACGUGUUAGGUAAUUACAAUGAUAGCAAUUCGCUGUAUGGGAUAUUGUUGGAGAGGUUAAACGAUUAUCCUAGAGUAGCGGCAAACGUGUGUUGGGUUUUUAAUCAACUCGCUGCUAAUAAGAGAAGCUCAUACAACAAAAUGACGAAUAGUUGUACGACCGAAUUGGAUGACUCCUUCUGUGUGUUAUGCAAAAAAUUGAUCGAUGUGACAUCUAGGGAAGAUGCAGACACGAGAAAUUUGAGAGAAGCUGCUUUCAAUGCACUCAAUGUAGUUAUAGAUAACGUAUCAGAUAAUUGUCUAAAAUAUAUGAUAGAGUUACUGUCCCAUAUGAUGUACCUCUUAACGAACACUUAUUUGAAUCCACUAACGGAGGAGGUAAAAUCUUUGCAAGGCUACUACUGCGGUACCAUGCAGUUCAUCAUUAACAGGUUAGGAAAUCAGUGUAAGCCUUUUUUAAAGCCAAUAUAUUUAAGCAUAUUUAGACUAUUCGAAAUUAGAACGGACAUAUGUGAAGAUGCGUUACUUGCAUGCAGUGCAAUAAUAAACGUAAUGGGAGAAGACUUUAGGGAACACCUAAAAACGUUCCUUAAUGUCAUUUUUAAAGGUUUAAGAAACGUAUCAGAAACGUCUACGUGCAGAAUAUGCAUCGAAAUGAUUUCCGAUAUUUGUAUCCCCUGGACUUUUGAAUUUGAGAAAGAAAUGGAGUUAAUUUUGGAAUGCCUAUGGGACGCAUUAAAAACGUUUGGUGUGCAUGACUCAAUAAAAAUUAGCAUCCUAACUGUGUUAGAAACCUCCAAAAUAACUAUCACCUCGGGGCCACCAGAAAGUGAUGAUUGGCUUAACUACGUAUUCGAGCUCAGAGAUGCCAUUCUCCUAACAUAUAGUAAUAUCAUUUAUGCACUAAUUGAUGGAAAUGAAAUUAUCAAGCUAAAAGUUUACAUCACAAAUAUUCUAGACCUAAUUGAGUUGAUAUUAAUCAAAGAAAUUAAUCACUUCAAUGCUCAGAAUUUUCAAAAUGCUGUUUCUCUUUUAGGAGAUUUAGUACAUGCAUAUGGCUAUGAAUUAAUCGAAAAUUCAAAACUCACUGAUUUGAUCAUAUCAGUUUAUGGGAAAAUUGAUAUUUUGUCAAGUCAAGGUGAUGAGAAAUGUGAGUCCUGCGUUUCGAAAAUUAAGUGGCUUAAGAGGAUAUGUAAUGCGCGGUUGGGGCAGAAAUGA